GGCGUUUGUCAUACCUGUCAAAUUUGUGUACAACAUUUCCUCAUUUUAGAUUUUAAAAAGAAAGGUAUUUCAAUAAAAAUAUGGCUUCUGUAAUGGAUGUGGAUGAAGAAGAAGUAGAGAUGGCUUCGUCGAGUAGCGGUAAAGGUGACAAAAAAAGAUUUGAAGUCAAAAAGUGGAAUGCGGUUGCUUUAUGGGCUUGGGACAUUGUGGUCGAUAACUGCGCGAUUUGCCGCAACCAUAUAAUGGAUCUGUGCAUAGAAUGCCAAGCUAACCAGGCUUCAGCAACCAGUGAGGAGUGCACAGUAGCUUGGGGUGUUUCAUGCUUUUCACUUCCAUUGCAUCUCACGUUGGCUCAAAACAAGGCAAGUCUGCCCUCUAGACAACAGAGAGUGGGAAUUCCAGAAGUAUGGACACUAAAGCAGAAUAUCUACAGCGGCCAUCCCUUCAAGAAGCCUCAGCUAUAUAUUGAGAAUGGGCAUACCAAUGUCAAUAUUGCAUUAAGUUGAUAAUAAAAUAACUCAAAAGUAUUA